GGUUUAUGAAUCCUAGGCAGGUCUGAGGGCAAAAUGUUGUAUAAAACAGCCUUCCCAAUCUCCCUCCUACAGUACCUGUUCUACACCAGUGAAGUUGCCUUAUACCCUGUUGUUUGGACAGUGAACCAGUUGACAACUCCAUUCUUCCUUUCUACAAAAGAAGAUCAUUGGGAUUUGGAGAUAAUAAUAAAAAAAAUAGUAUACCCACCAUUAAUUAUACUGUUUUUAUCAAUAUUUGGAAUUCCAGCUAUUUUUGGAGUUAUUUUACGCUGUUUGUUACAUUUAUUCCGUAGACCAUAUGUUUUAUCUGUGGAGAAAUCAUUUCAUCCUCCAUCUAUUAACGAAAGGCGAGCAAGUAUUUCUGUCGGAAGACUUCAUCCAGAUGGUAGGAGAAAUUCAUUUCUGAGUAAGAGUUUGAGUAAAACUUUCACCAUUAGCUCUGCUAACUUGUGCCUUUUACCUGAGCUUUUAUCUAGAAUAAACAAUUUACCAAACACUGAUCACAGAUCAUGGAAAAUAGGAGAGAGAAUUGUUAUAGAUCAGUUUUUCUUUCAAAAUGCAAUGAAUUCCAUUCAAUCAUUUUCAACUGUUUCAAGGAAAAAUUCUGGUACCUCACGAUCAGAGAAAACAGUUGUGGAACCAGGUCAUACUAUUUUGACUCAUUUUCCAAAGCUUGACUUUGUGUGUCUUCAGGAGACAUGGGAUAGGGACUACAGUCAUAAACUGAUGAGUGAACUGCAUAAAGUGUUUCCAUGGAUACUGUAUGAUGUAGGUAAAACAAAUCUAUGGACAAAUAGGUUUAUGUUAAACAGUGGUUUAAUGCUAGCUAGUAAAUAUGAAAUCCUUGAUGCUGAUUUCCAUCCUUAUACUGACAGCUUCUCACAGUGUCUCUACAGUUCAAAGGGGUUACUAAUGACAAAGGUACUGCUUUCCAGCACUGAACACCACGAUGAAGUUGGAUAUAUUUUCACUACACAUUUACAGGCAUAUCAAGGAAUGGAAGACAUAAUACAAAAACAACUAGAUGAGAUAUUGUCAUGGACCAAAAAGUUCCGCGAGGAAUCAGUCAAAUCAGAAGAUAUUGUUGUAUUUGAUGUGUUAUGUGGGGAUUUCAAUUUUGACAAUAUUUCUCCAAUUGAUGAACCUUGUACAAGACAUAAGUUGUUUGAUGUGUAUGAAGAUGUGUGUCGUAUCAGUCCAGGACAAGAUCAAGAUUGGACAGUAGGUACAGAGAUGAGACAAAUGUGUCUGUGGGAGGAACAAAUUUCCUCUCCAGAAGGUCUGAAAGAAGCUUUAGAGGACCCCAUUCUAAGACAUAGAUAUGUAGUAGACGGUAAUAUAAAGGAUGGUACAAUGAGAGAAAUCUGUAAGACCAAACCCUUGGAAGACAAGGAUGUAAAAACUAAACUGAUGGGUGUGUCUGGUAAAAGGAGAAUUGAUUAUAUUCUCUACAGAAAAGAUACCCCAUUGGCCGUACAGAAUUUCAGCUUUGUUACUAGACUAGCCACACUUACUGACCACAUUCCAGUCACCAUGACAUUUUCUAGUCAACAGUAACUUUAUAACUUACAGUAUAAUGCUUUGCAAUAGAUGGAUGAAAAGAUGAACAAAAG